AAAUAAUCAGUAGGCAUUUGUCGAUAGUGUAUAUUCGUUGCAGCGGGUCGUACGUAAAGAUUUGCGAAAAUUCAUAAUCGCGGAACCGCCUACGCCCGGUUUAUAAAUACAUUUUGUGUUAGUGCACAGUGACUGGAUUUUGUGAAAAUGUCCAACGCACCAGUGAAAAAAGUCCCGAUACACUUGCAGAGCUCCCAAAACCGUCUGCUCAUCAAAAAUGGGAGGGUUGUCAACGAUGACGGAAUGGAAGAUCUGGAUGUCUACAUUGAAGAUGGCGUCAUCAAACAAAUCGGGCGCAAUCUCAUCAUCCCCGGAGGCACCAGGACCAUCGAUGCCACUGGCAAGCUGGUGAUGCCAGGAGGCAUUGACCCUCACACGCACUUCGAACUGGAGAUGAUGGGCGCCAAGUCCGCUGAUGACUUUUAUAAGGGGACCAGAGCGGCCAUCGCUGGGGGAACAACUUGUGUCAUUGACUUUGUACUGCCGCAGAAGGGCCAGUCUUUGCUGGAGGCGUACAAUAAUUGGAGGGAGAAAGCUGACAACAAGGUAUGCUGCGACUACGCUCUCCACGUAGGAGUGACCUGGUGGUCUCCCGCAGUCAAGAAGGAGAUGCAACAGUUGACUUCAGAGCAGUAUGGAGUCAACUCCUUCAAGAUGUUCAUGGCAUAUAAGGAUGCGUGGAUGCUGGAUGACUAUGACCUGUAUUGUGCGAUGGAGGCAUGUGCUGAGCUUAGGGCUUUGCCCCAGGUACAUGCUGAAAACGGUCACAUAAUUGCCCGUAACACUGAGAAGUUACUUGCCAAAGGUCUGACGGGUCCCGAGGGUCACCAGCUGUCCCGAGAUGAGGAGGUGGAAGGAGAGGCUGUUAACAGGGCCUGUGUCAUCGCUAACCAGGCGAACUGCCCCCUAUACAUAGUGCACAUGAUGUCCAAGAGCGCAGUCCGCUACCUGCAGCUGGCGCGCGGGAAGCAACGACAUGCACUCUUCGGAGAAACCCUCGCCGCUACUGUGGGGACCGAUGGCAGCCACUACCGCAACGCGUGCUUCCGUCACGCGGCGGCGCACGUGCUGUCGCCGCCGCUGCGCCCGGACCCCGACACGCCACGCGCCGUGUGCGAGGCGCUGGCUGAUGACCAUCUCCAACUGAUAGGCAGCGACAACUGCACGUUCCACGAGAAGGACAAGGAGCUUGGCAAGGAUAACUUCGCUAAGAUUCCCAACGGCGUCAACGGCGUGGAGGAUCGCAUGGCAGUUUUGUGGCAGAAUGCUGUUAACACCGGUAUAAUGGACCCGUGCCGCUUCGUAGCAGUGACCAGCUCCAAUGCUGCCAAGAUCUUCAACAUCUGGCCGCAGAAGGGACGGAUUGCACUGAACAGUGACGCCGACAUCGUCAUCUGGGACCCCAAGCUUGAGAGAACCAUCUCUGCUGCCACACACAAGCAGGCUGUUAACUUUAAUAUUUUUGAGGGCCAACACGUAGUGGGCAGCCCUCAGUACGUGAUUGUCAACGGUCGCGUUUGUCUCGACGACGGAGAACUUAGAGUUGUUGAAGGUUUCGGCAAAUUCCUGAAGACUCCGGUAGACGCUCCCAUCGUCUACGGCGAGACAAACAACCACCACGAGGAAGUACAGCACAGACCUGGGUACCUGGACACUCCCACACGAGUCACUAACGGAACUCCUUCCCCGGAUCUAGGCCAGCUGACGAAGAGCAUGGAGAGCGUCUCCGUGUCGGGCUGCAGCACCCCCACGGGACGCAAGAUGCGCGAGCCGGGACAGAGGAACCUGCAGACAUCCACCUUCUCCAUCAGCAAAGAGACAGAGGGUCUGGACACGAAGACAUCAGUUCGCGUGCGGAACCCUCCCGGCGGGAAGUCCUCCGGCCUCUGCUCGCCUACGGGACUCAAGCAGCGCGAGCCGGGACAGAGGAACAUGCAUACUUCUACUUUCUCUAUUAGCAAAGAGACGGAGGGUCGGGACAAGAGGACACUAGUACACUUGAAGUACCCUCCCGGAGGAAAGUGCUCCGAAUUCUGGUAGACAGUAGACAAUCUUCGUAGAAUUCUGACGUGAUUUUCACACUUUGCCUGUGAAAAGCAAUAGGUACAUACUUAAACCGAACAUGCUUUAUAACUAGUUAAGGCGAACCCGCUAGGAAAAUGCUUGUAUUUUAAAUGACUUGUGUAAAUAAAUUAAUUUGAUCUUUCUUAAUGUUUAUACAAUUCAUUUCUGAAUAUUCUGGCACAAAGCACGGCACGCUAAUAAAAUUGAAAGGAUAAAUAAUAACUUUUUUGUAGCUUAAAUAUUUUGAACAAUGUAGCAAUUGGCUAGAAAUUGUAGGUGCGUACCUAUAAUCUUGUUUAUUCAGGUUAAUAAUUAUUGAAUUAUCGUGUAUAACUGAUUAUUUGUUUAAAUUUUCAAUGUUAACUGGUUAUAAUUAUAUUAUUAUAAGUUUUUAUAUUAAUGUUUUAGAAACUAUAAUCAUUUACAAUAGUUAGUUUUAGAACCCCAAUGAAUAGACUUCCAAAUCCCCUAUUGCUAAAAUGGGUCAAAAUGUUGUGUAUGUUUUUUUAACAAAGUGCAUUUAUAUUUUAAUCUGUUCAUUCGAUUUUUACUACAAAUUCUUAAUCUUAAAUUGUUUUGAGUUUUCAAUACAUGUAUUAAGAUUUUAUGUUUUCUUUCAUAUAACGUUAAGUUAUUAACUGAUUUAAUUUUGUAAGGUACAUUUAAAUAUACUGGUAAGCUUCAGCUAGACUUGAAUGCAAUUAAUUAAUUCAAGAAACAUUUUAACUCUAGCUUUUAAAAAGUCAAACUGAUGCUUACAAGUAAAUAAAACUUAUCACCCAUCUCUCUAUACAUUAAAAACUAAUUAGUUAAAUUGUAAGACCCUUUUAAACCUUAAAAUUGCUGUCAUUAGUCAUAAUAAAAAUAACAAUCAUUUGAAUAAGUGAAAAGCGAUCGUUUAUAUCGUACUUUCGUGUUGUCUAUGUGGAACAUAAAUAUAAAGUAAUACAUAAACUAGAUAUAGAUAAAAACGUUUUGUUAACCACUGUUUUGUAACUCACCUAUGUACUGGCUGUUUUAUUUAGUAUUGAAGUCGAAAGUGUUGAAAUAUUUCACUUUAGCCAUUGUAUAUUAGAUCAUUACAAUUAUUAUUGAAAAUUUUAAGCCAUUUUCAACUAAAUGCAUAUUUGAUAACAUACAUAAAAGAGAGUAGUGUGGGUUCGGUUCUCAAAUUGAGUACGAUUUUUGUUACAAUUUUCGUCUUCAGUAUUUCAAUCUUCAUAAAUAAAACUGGGAUGUAAUUGGUCAGUUUAGGGGCCAAAUAUCGUAAGAUCAGUACAAAAACCUUUUAAUUCUUUUAUCUCUCCGUAUAGAACUAGUCUUUGCAACGGCGUCACAAUUUUUAUAGCAUUUUACAUUAUUUCUAAAUGUAUAUUCUCUAUUAUGCAUUGUCACGAAUAAACAAUGUAAUCUCA